GAUUGGAUGUUCAACAAAUCCUUGCUCAGCAGUUGCAUCCACGUUGAAGCUAUGUCCCGAUGGGUUUCGAGCAGGUUCUUGCUCAGCAGAGGUAGACAGAAGCAAGCAUAUGCAAACAGAUCAUGCACAGGAUUGGUCUGCGUUGGUGCAGUGCACGGUAAAGGUCGCGCAGGACACAAAGCACCAGGUGUUCAGCUUGCGGGAAGGCACUGUUGUGCGAGUUGGGCGAAGUGCUGCUAAUGAUGUGGUCAUUGACAGCGAUGGUGUGUCACAGUUCCAUGCCGAACUGUUCAUCCGUACUGGAGCGAAAGGAGGGGUCAGCGGAUUGUGUAUCCGGGACAACUCGAAGAAUGGAACAGGUGUCCGGCCUGCGCCUCACGGAGCCACGUCCAAAAUGUCCAAUGUUGACCCGUUUGCCUGGGAAACUCUGCAUCGUGGGGCGUUUCGAGUCCUGGAAGAUGGAUGGGAAGUGUUGCUUCCUAUGCGAGCACGUCGUGGAGGCACUCCUGAGAAGCCGACGUUCAAGCUGUAUUUGGACAAGGUGUUUGCCGGAGAGGAGGAGGAAUUGGACGGGGAAGAAUGGAAACCCUUUGAGGAGAAUUCCCAUGCGAACAGUUCCCCGAAGCAGCCCGACAAGCAGGAAGCCAAGCCGCCUGAGCCAAGGCCUCCGCCACCUCCCGACCUGGACGGUGGAGCCUUUGAGGAGCCCCCACCGCCGCCAGUACCACAGGAAGCUUCAGCAGAACAACAUCGAGCCUCAGCGCCCUUGCCUGGCAUUCCUCCAGUCCCCCAGGAACUUAUGGAAGAACAUGUGAAAGCCAGGAUGCAAUGGAUGGGCAUAUCCAGAAAUGCCGAAACCGCCUUUGGCAACGAAAGGAACGGGGAAAAACACUUUGCAAGCUGUGAUCCUGACGCUGAAGCUCAAUCCUGUAGCCGAAGCCCAGAGCUGGCUCAGCGCCUGUCACAAAGUCCGAAUUUCGAGCAAUCAGAGUCUAAAUUGCCGAGAAGGUCGCCGGCUUUGCGGUCCACAAGCCCAAAGCUCACACAAGAUGACCAAACAAACCCAAUCCGACCAGUUCUUGAUCCCAAAGUUGCGGCUGCAUGGGGAUUGCCGAUCAUUACGACCCCAUUGUCACCAAGAAGUCCCACAGGCCACAAAGACCAUGCAAGGCAGCCGGGCUCACAGAAUCCGAAGAAGGCGAGGAAGGCGAGCACACGGCCUAAUGAAGAAGAUUCUGAGGUGGCAGGAGAGCACCACAGCAAAGCUCGGAAAGAGGGCAAGGCCAAGAAGAAGAAGAAGAAGAAGUGGAGCAAGAAAGAGCAAAGGCAACCGCCAGAACAGCGCAAGGAUCUUAAAGAUCAGAAAGCAAAGAAGUCCACAAAGUCCAAGGACAAGAGAAAAAAUACGACUACAGAACAUCGUAGAUCACAGAAGAAGUUGCUUGACCUUUGUGACCAGGAGGAUGGGUCCAACGAUGCUACACAGAUUGCAGACGUGACCAGCUUAGCUGAUUUUCGGCGUUGAUGCCUUGUGCUCCAAAAGGUAUGGACCCAGUGGCCGAGAAAUGCGCUUAUGUACAAUUAUAUGGCAGUGUGCAGAACAGAGGACUUUAUAUAUUUCCAAAUGGCAUUCUGCACCGAAAGCAUCCUAAAGCAUGCCAAAGAAGCAAAAUGCAUUUGGCCACAACGAAUCACAGACUUGACUUUGGCCAAUGGUGCAGCAAUCACACCCAGUCUUCAAUCCCAGCAAGUUCAAUCCAAGACAACCUAUAUAAUGGUUUCCACCAUGUCGUCCAGCCCUCUUUUGCACAUCUCAUGUCACUUCCGUUGCUUUCUCUAGCUUCACCCUUUCCACUUUUGUGCAUCAACCGACCCUCAUCUCACCAAGUCUCAGCCUCACCUUGCCUCGCCUGGUUUCAUCUCAUUUAAGCUUUUGGCAUGUGCCGUGCUGUAGCAUAUGGGCCACUUGUUACGCACUACAAUGCAAUGGAGCUAGCUAGGUUUGCGGAACUUUAUGCCAAUAGCCAGUCAUUCGCGGCACAGACUUAACCGAGUCUUCUUGGAAAAUGGAAAGGCCUUGGACGCAAUGUUGGCUUCCACAACUCAACUGAAAUGACAACAUCGGCCGCUGACACUUGGCCGA